UCGCACGGAUCCGGGCUCCAGCGCCCCGCUCGGGCGAAGGAUCUCCCCCACAGCCCGGGGCUUUCCUCUCGGCUGCAGCCCCUGGAGCCGCCACCUCGGCCGCGGUUCCGACUGAGCCCCGUGGAGGGUUUUGCCCCACGAGAAUGAACUGGAUGGCAGCGACGUGCUGGGCUCUGCUGCUAGCCGCCGCCUUUCUCUGCGACAGCGGCGAGACCAAGGGUGGCCGUGGAGGGGCCCGCGGCAGCGCGCGUGGAGGCGCACGCGGAGGCUCACGCGGGGUCCCCAGGGUGCGCGUGAGGCCGGCGCCCCGCUACGCUGGGUCCUCUCUGCGCGUGGGGGCGGUGGCGGCAGCGGCGGCGGCGGGGGCGGCGGCGGCGGCCUCCUCGGGCUCAGGCUGGAGGAGGGCUCUGGGGCCCUGGGAGAGUGACCUGGAGGACGAGGACACCGCAUCCGGAGGCAACAGGACCGCUGUCUACAGCUACUGGGCAUGGACGUCGGAUGCGGGGCCUCUCAGCGCCCUGGGGCUGCUGCAGCCCUAGGCAUGGCAGGGCUCAGAGCCAGAUCGGCCCCCCAGCCCGCACCCUCCCCGCAGGCCGCAGCCCGCAGCCCGCAGCCCACGGUCCUGGUGUCCAGAAAGGCUGCGUGGGUAAUGCCUGCCAGUCCCAGCAGGAGCUGCAUCCUCUCUUCCCUGUGACCCAGGUGCCACCUCCUGUUCACCAUCCUGCCCAAGC